AUGUUCGAUAAUUCGCAAUACCCUUACAAUUGCUUCAAUUACGAUGGGGACGGUUAUCCGCAUUGCCCUGACGAGGAUAAGCAGGUAUCCCGACCGGCGUACAGUUACAUUGCUCUCAUUGCAAUGGCGAUCCAGCAGAGUCCGGGUUGCAGGGUGACUCUCUCUGGGAUUUAUGAGUUCAUCAUGAAGAAAUUUCCCUACUACAGAUCCAACCAGAGAGCCUGGCAAAACUCAAUCCGGCACAACCUUUCUCUCAACAGCUGCUUUGUCAAGGUCCCCAGAGCGGAGGGGAAGGACAGAGGAAAGGGGAACUUCUGGACCUUCGCGUCCGGGUGUGAGUCGAUGUUGGAUCUGUUCGAAAACGGGAAUUACCGGAGGCGGCGGAGGCGGAGGAACGUCAAAUGUGCCCGAAAAGAGCAGCAGCUCCGGGGCAACGACAGCAACAACAACACC